UGAUACGGGUAAAUGUUGAGUUUCUCCGAGAAAUUUAGCGCCGCCGUUAUUUUAACGAGAGGAAUGUUUUACUUCUGGGAACGGAGUGUGUGUUGCACGGGCUGGUGGUAGAGAGCGGGACAGGGGUUUGGAUCGGUUUCGGUGAACACGUGGGUGGAAGAGUCCGCAAAGAUGGCAGCUACCAUGAAGAAAGCGUGAUGAACAAUGUAUUUGUUCAUAUCCACAUCCGAAUAGACUAUUUUAAACGCUGAUGUCUGCUGAACCUGUGCCGUAUUCCAUGAUCAUCUUCAAUGCAGACAAUCCGUCAGUGCAGACCAAAUCUGCCUACAAAAUCAAGGAGCUGUUGGUUACCUGUCAAUUUCCACUUUUCACUGGAGUGUCUCACUUCGUCUGUAGUGAGCCGCUGGACAUUUGUCUGAUUCAUCUCUCUAUGAUACACAAACACGCAGUAGAAGAUGUUAAUGUUACCUUUGAAGACCAACAGAAAAUUAAUAAGUUUGCAAGAAAUAAUAACAGGCUUAUAGAGCUUAAAGAAGAAAUAGAACUGAAAAAGAAACAGUUACAGAACUUAGAAGAUGCCUCUGAUGAUAUAAUGAUGCUUGAUGAAGAUACAAUGCUGGUGCCUUACCAAAUCGGAGAGGUUUUUAUUAGCCACUCCCAGGAUGAGACACAGGAGAUGCUAGAAGCAGCAAAGCAAAGUUUCCAAGAUGACAUCCAUGCUUUGCAGACUCGUGUGGAGACAAUUCAGCAGGUGUUAUCGGAUCUUAAAAUCCAGCUCUAUGCAAAAUUCGGAAACAACAUUAACCUCGAAGCUGAUGACAACUGAACUGUUCGUUUAUUUUCACCUGUCCCAUUUCACUCGAUUAAAUGAUUUAACUUUUGCAAAAAAAAAGUCAUCACUUUGUUCAUGAUUUUUUAAAUGGAAUUUUAAGAUUUUUGUCUUGCAACUCCACUUGUUUGAUGAAAACAUUAUUUUAUAUAUGCUUGAAUUCGUUAUCUAUUUGUUAUGGUGGAGCCAAAUUCUGACUUCUGGAAUUUUCUGUAAAAUAUUCAGCUCUUAAAUCUCAAAUUAGGAAAUCUUUUUAAGUUAAUGCUUAGCAUUCAAAUGAAUAAUGUGACUGUCCCAAUAUGAUACAACAAUACCUAUUCUGAUUGAUUUGCAUAAUUCCCCUUACCAAUAAAACAGUUAAACUUGCACAAA